GACAAGAAGAAGUCAGGCGAGGCGAAGGAGAAGUCGUCGAAGCGAGCCUCCAAAAAAAAGGAAAAAGAGGCCCCCGAGCGCGGGACAAAGAAAGCCCCCGGGAGGCCUAAGAAAAAGCAGGAGGCUGAGGAGAAGAAGCAAGACCAACCUGCUGAAAGCGGCUCCGCAGAAAG